UUUAAAUUGACCAAUUUCGUCGUGUCUUAAUGUAAGCAAAUCCCCAAUUUGUGUCUUGCCAAAGUAGUGUUCAUGUUUUAACCAGUUGCAUUGUAGUUAACACUUGCUGAAAUGGCUGCCAUGACUGAAGAAGGUGCUGAGAAUGAUCUGCUCGACUACGAAGAGGAGGAGACCGAGACCACCACCGAGGCCGCCAACGGAGGAGCAGUAGAGCCUGCCAAGAAAGAUGUGAAAGGAUCAUACGUCAGUAUCCACAGUUCAGGAUUCAGGGACUUCCUUCUCAAACCAGAACUCUUGAGGUCUAUUGUAGAUUGUGGUUUCGAACAUCCGUCCGAAGUUCAGCACGAGUGUAUCCCACAAGCUAUCCUGAGUAUGGAUAUCUUGUGUCAAGCUAAGAGUGGUAUGGGUAAAACUGCCGUCUUCGUCUUGGCUACUCUUCAGCAGCUCGAACCAGUUGAUGGACAGGUUAGUAUCCUAGUCAUGUGUCACACCCGUGAAUUAGCGUUCCAGAUCUCAAAGGAAUACACGAGGUUCGCCAAAUAUCUCAGCAAUGUUAAAGUGGGAGUCUUCUUCGGUGGAAUGCCCGUUAUUAAGGACAAACAGAGGCUGAAGACAGACUGUCCCCACAUCGUAGUAGGAACUCCCGGCAGAAUCCUGGCUCUUGCACGUGACAAGUCUCUUAACUUGAAACAGAUCAAACAUUUCGUUCUGGACGAGUGUGAUAAGAUGCUCGAUCAACUCGAUAUGAGGCGUGAUGUACAGGAGAUUUUCAGGAUGACCCCAGUUGAGAAGCAAGUCAUGAUGUUCUCCGCAACCCUCAGCAAGGAAGUCCGGCCCGUCUGCCGAAAGUUCAUGCAAGAUGCUCUGGAAGUAUUCGUGGACGACGAAACCAAACUCACCCUUCACGGACUCCAACAAUACUACGUGAAACUGAAGGAGAGCGAGAAGAACAGGAAACUAUUCGACCUUCUGGAUCUGUUGGAGUUUAACCAGGUUGUUAUCUUCGUCAGGACCGUACAGAGAUGUAUGGCUCUCACCCAGCUUCUCUCCGAACAGAACUUCCCUGCUAUCUGCAUCCACAGAUCCCUCAGCCAAGAAGAGAGGUUGAACCGCUACCAACAGUUCAAAGAUUUCCAGAAGAGAAUCCUCGUAGCUACAGACCUGUUUGGCCGUGGUAUGGACAUCGAGCGAGUAAACAUUGUCUUCAACUACGACAUGCCUGAGGAUUCCGACAUGUACCUUCACAGAGUCGCGCGAGCUGGAAGGUUCGGUACCAAAGGUCUAGCCAUCACUUUCGUAUCCGACGAGAACGAUGCUAAGAUCCUCAACGACGUUCAGGACAGAUUCGAAGUCAACAUUGGGGAACUACCAGAUUCAAUAGACAUCACCAGCUAUAUCGAACAACGUUAAAGAAAAGCUCCCAUUCCACGAUUCAGAAACUGACUUUUUCGGACAAAUUUCUCACAGUUGACAUCAGUUGAACUUUUAAUAAUUUGCUACUUUAAUGAGCUGAAUCUUACCUAUAUAAUCAGCUACAGCUACAUUCAAUUAGCUUCCGGUAACAAAAUACAGGUUUUCUCAUGAUUCGACCCCGCGUUUCAGUUUGGCCGAGUCCAAAUGUAAUUUUAUUUUAAGAUUAUUUAAUUAUUCUCUAUUUUAA